CAUAAAUCUUUUUUCUUGUAACUUUCGAAUUAAGAGGAAAAAGCGAUUUCUCAUCGUUAUAUUUCGAAAGAUGUGAAGUUUUUAAGAGGUGAUACACUUUCCUGACCUGGUUGUGCUACCAAUAGUGGAAGAAUUUAUGGAAGCAAGCCUGUGAGGGAGAGAUUCCAGACUGUAGAACAUGCUGAAUAGAAUUAUACUUUACGGUUCACAACAAGAGUAGCAGUGUUUGGGAUCUGCAGAUAUAUCUCUUUUGCUUGAAGGAAGAUCUUUUUUCCAUUAGAAUCAUGAUGACAAUGGAAGAGCAGCAGCAGCCACAGAAGAAUAAUUUUUACUUGGAAUUACCCAAAGUGGAACUUCAUGCCCACUUGAAUGGAUCUAUUAGUUCUGCUACUAUGAAGAAGCUAAUAGCCAAAAAACCAGACCUUAACAUCCAUGAUCAGAUGACUAUGAUUGAUAAAGGAAAGAAAAGAACUUUAAAAGAAUGUUUCCAGAUGUUUCAGCUCAUUCAUCAGAUUACCACUAGCCCUGAAGAUAUAUUAAUGGUCACAAAAGAUGUUAUUAAAGAAUUUGCUGAUGAUGGUGUCAAGUAUCUAGAACUGAGGAGUACACCUAGAGAAGAAAAUGCAACAGGUAUGACCAAAAAGUCUUAUGUGGAAGCUGUUCUAGAAGGCAUAAAACAGUCUAAACAAGAAAAUUUGGAUAUUGAGGUGAGAUAUUUAAUAGCAAUAGACAGAAGAGGUGGACCUUCAGUAGCAAAAGAGACUGUUAAACUUGCCAAAGAAUUCAUCCUUUCCUCUGAAGAUACUGUCCUUGGCCUUGACUUGAGUGGAGACCCCUCUGCAGGACAUGGGAAAGACUUUUUGGAACCUCUUUUGGAAGCAAAAAAAGCAGGUCUGAAACUGGCAUUGCAUCUUUCAGAGAUUCCAAACCAAGAAAAAGAAACCCAAGUCCUCCUGGGGCUGCCUCCUGACCGAAUUGGCCAUGGGACAUUUCUCAGUUCCGGUGCAGAAGGGUCACUGGAUCUGGUGGAGUUUGUUAAACAGCACCGUAUACCAUUAGAACUCUGUUUAACUUCAAACAUCAAAAGUCAGACGGUACCUUCUUAUGAUCAGCAUCACUUUGGAUUCUGGUAUGGCAUAGCCCACCCUUCUGUAAUUUGUACUGAUGAUAAGGGUGUUUUUGCAACACACCUUUCUCAGGAGUACCAGCUAGUUGCUGAGACAUUCGGUUUGACCCAGACACAGAUGUGGGACCUCUCCUAUGAAUCUAUCAAUUAUAUUUUUGAUUCCAGCAGCACCAAAUCUGAAUUAAGGAAGAAAUGGAAUAAUUUGAAGCCCAAAAUCUUAAAUUAUUAAGUUUUGGAGCUAGAAAGGAAACUCUCUAAGAAGUUACAUCCUGAUCCUUGGCCUCCAUUUGGAACCACUUUGCAGUCCUACCACCUGCCUUGAAUCAGUGAUUAGGAAAUCCUCUGAGAGUCUAACAGGGGUCCUUAAUCAGUAGAUUAGAACCCAUUGGUAGCUGCAGAAGCCUUACCCAGCUGAUGUCUGGUUUGUCUGCUGCAAAUAUUCACCCCCCACCAAGAGGUUAUAGGAAAGGGAAUUAGCCUAGUCAGUAACUUGUACCACAAGCCAUAUUCUUCAUUGCCUAGCCAGUAAUCAUAAGGCUUUAGAGAAAUCAUCCUUUUUCUUUUCAUUCAUUCCCAAAAUAUCCCAGUAGUAUCAAAAGCUGUUGAUGACACCUGGAUCUCUCCUAAAAGGCCUGCAAAAAAAAGAGAAGCAGCAAUCUCUCCUGGAAAUCUCUCUUGCCCACUUGGAGUGCCUUAAGGCUGUAAGACUCAUUAACAGUUCUCCAUUUUUUUUCCUAAGCCCCCACACUCUUAAGGAAAGAAACCACUGUAAAACAAAUAUAUGCAUGACUACUUCAACAGGAGAUGGGACCAAACUAAUAAAAACUAUUAAACUGAGGGAAGAAGUAACCAAGUAGGAUUAGAGGCAUACUUGUUUUGUUCUCUAGAAAUCCCACUAUAACUUGGCAUAUGAAAGGAACUACCUGACCAUGUGCUACCCUUCUUUCUGCAGUAAAAUCUGCCAUUAGGUCCCGUGCUUCAUUUUGCUCUGCUCAGAUCAGAGUUGCUAACUUCACAUCUGGGGUACAAAGCCAUGACCAGAUUUGGCCAUAAUUUCUUAAGGAUCAUUUCUCUUAUUCUUCAUGCUUCCUUGUAGUCAUUAGCUGCUCAUUUUCUCCUAAUAGUUUACAGAAAGUCUGACCUCAGGAAAUUUUUCUUGGAGAGUUGAAAUACAGUCAUGAAGCCCCCGCCCCCCAUCCCCCUCCCCCCAAAAAAGUCUCAAAAGCAGAUCAGGUAUCACUGAGCUGUACAUACAGGGGUAUGAGUGUUUAUAUGCAUUGGUCUCCUUAAUAAUUUGUUCCCCAAAACAAUAGGUGAAUAAAUUGAAUUUAAUUAAAAAUUAUUUGGUGAGCUAUUUCAAGGAAGCCUACUGAAUCACCCACCAAGUUUGUUUUUAUCUGUUUACAUCAAUUGAGAUGUUUAUGUAAUACUGGAUUUUCUUCAAGCAAGGAAAACCUGUAAUAGCUGAAAUAUAUUAGUUGGCAGUCGCAGAUUUUAACCAUUUCAUCCAUCCUUCUCUUUCUAGGGAAUAUUCUGGACCUUUGACAGUCAGAGAGGGCUUGUGUUGAGAACUGUUUUGGUGUCAUACUGGUCUCUCCAGCCAGUCCUGCAGGGCUAGUGUAAUGCCUUCACUCCUUUAGUCUUGAACAUGUUAUUCAGUUUCUCAUACAGACUUAUGGGGAAAGUGGGAAGAGAGUAGAAGAAAAUCGGAAACCAUCAUAGUGUGUUUUACUUUGUGGGUUUACUAACAUAUUUGUGAGGUUUGGGCUGUUUCACUGUGUAUAUGUACCUCUCUCCCCUUGCAUAGGGAAAAAAAAACCUAGUUCAUUUUACUCUUUUAACGAUCUAAAGAGAUUUUUUUGGAGGGGAGGCUAAAAGCAAGAUGAAGUUUAAAUGUAAUCUAUAGGUUGUUGAUACUUCCCUCCCCCUCCAAGCACAGAUAUUCCAGACUUUGAGAUUGGCUUGUAGUGCUGCCCACAAGUCAAAAAGCAUAACCUUGUUAUAAGGCUGGCCUUUCAGGGAGACCUGGGUUCAAGUCCUGCCUCUUGAUACAUACUGGCCGUAAGACUGUGGGCCAGCCAUUCAGCCUUAGGGCCCAGGCACCUAAGACUAAGUUACAGAUCCACUGUCAGUGCAUUAAUGGAGAAUGUUUCCACAGAAGGCAGUUCCUCAUACUAGUGAAAUCACAGGUCCAAAAUGACAAAAAAAGAAAAAUAUCUCUGAAUAGGGAAGAACUUUGAAUCAAGGUUCUGAAAUAUUAAGACUAGGAAACAGAAGAAUCCCUGGAUAUCUGCAGGUUUGGCGUUGACUUUGGAAUGGAAAAAUUCAAAUGUAUGGGGGUGGGGGAGUUGGGAGGUGGCGUUUGGUAGUCUUCACGAUCUUGUUAGUCUCAAACCCUCACUUCCCUGCAUCAAUAUCAUCAUAAUUUUUAAAAAUUUAUUAUAUGCCUAAGUUCAAAAGGCACAAUACUAGUGCUAUACAAAAUUUAAACAAAGACAGUCCCUGCAAAGAAUUUACAACAUAAGAAAGAGUAACAGGCAGAUACAUACAAAGAAAAGUUAAAAGCAACUUUUUAAAGGUGGUUUUUUUGUUUUGUUUUUUGCUUCACUUCGUUGUUUGGGUUUUUUGUACUUUAAUUUGUUAGAAUAGCUGUGAUGGUAUAUGGUAAUUCAAAAUGAGAGGAUAAAAGAGAUUGGUAGCAGAAUGAAGAGGGAAAAGUCAGAAGGCAGAGAGACUGACAGGAGUUAAAGAAGUGACCAGCAAACUUUUGCCAAAGGGAAUGAUGAUGCUAAUCCAUUCUGGCCUUUGUUAGCACUACAACCUAUUUCCUUUUGAACAUUAUUUAAAAAGAAAUGUGUAGGUCAAGUACUGCUUUUCCCCUGCUAAACAUCUCUUAGUUUUUAUGUUCAGUGUUGAUGUUUCUUACUGCUUUUAUACACAGACGGUAUAAUUAAACAAAGGAGUUGAGAGGGGGCUGAGAGUAGUCUGAGAUUUAUCCCCAUCCAAGCAAGGCAUUUUUACUUUUGCCCUGUUGCUUUUGUUUAUUUUUGCCAAUUGCAGAUAGCAUUACUACUCCUUGAUUCUGAGAUAAUGUGUCUGACUCUCACAAUUAUCCUAAGUCCUUGGAUCAAAAAUACAGAGAUAGAUACCAAACCUAGCAGGCUCAUAAUAGAAUAAUUUUUCUCAAUUUACAGUAAUCCCACUGACAAACCUAUAGCCACAUUUCUCCCAAGGACAUAAGGAUUCAAUAGAUGGGAGUAAACUAAUGACUCCAGGGGAGCCACAAACGCAAGGAAUGACAAUAUAAUCAAAUAUUUUUCUAGCACUUCCUGUUUGAAGAACUGCAAGCAUGUUAUGGACAUCAUCUCAUUUAUUCACAUGGCAUCCCUGAGAGGCAGCUUAAGGUGUAAACAUUAUGUUUUACAGAUAGGGGAAAUGAGGCAGUUUGACUUAACACAUAAGACAGUAGAGACUAAAAUUCACGUCUUCUAAAUACCCCAUUCCCGUGAUCUUUCCACCAGACUACACAUGAAUAUGCUAAAGACAGUAAACUUAAAAUAUUAUUGAUCACACACUCUACACCAUCACAGAGCUUGGCUUUAAGGCAGUUUUAGACUGGUUUUCUUAUACCUUUUACUGCUUAUUCAACAUCUGGGAGGGAGGGGUAGCACUCUGAUUCCUAAUAAAAGUGUUUUCUGGUAUUGUAGUAUUCCUCCUCCAUCAGAACCUUCUAAAUCACAUAACAUCUUCAUCUACCAACUCUACAAUAGUCUACCUCACCUGCUAGCCAAUUUUCUGACUCCAACUAUGGGCCAAUUAAUUGAACGUAUUAUCUUAAUACCAAGUGUGAGAAGACAGCUACUCAUCUUUUCAAUAAACACUCUCCACCACCCUCAGCCUCCUAUAAUAUCUAAUUUCCUUCUUAACUAAUAUUGGUCAGGUAUCCUCUCCUACCCACUAAGGUAUCUUAGAAUCAACUCUAUCUCCUGAUUUCUUAGCUUCCCAAAUAAGAUCAUUCUUACUCUACACUGGAAGCUGUCCUAUAUCCCCAGGGAUAUGCCAGAUCUUCAAUUAUUGCACCUCUGGUUUCUUUGCCUCUGGCACACCUUCAAGUGUGAUUUAAGGUCAUUUCUUUUCUUCUACUACAGAGUUUUAAAAGCCCUUCAAUGGUGUCAAAUUCACUAUACUCUUGUUCUAAGUACCCCCUGACACUGAAUCGUCUCUUACCUCCCUACAGCCCAACCAAUUUCCUUUACUCUAGCCACAUCAAACACACUGCUUCCUAGUUUUUAAACCUUUUCCACUCACAAAACUCUACCUUUUUAUGGGCUGCUUCCACUUUGAGAAUUUCAUCCCUCUCCUAUUCCCUUCAAAAGACUGUUAACUUACUAAAUGGAAUCGGUACUUCCCAGCACCUUUCCUGAACUUGUAAAUACUUAACUUUCUAGUUUUAUGUCCUAAAUGGUUUACUAUCUGUCAUGUACUACAUAUAUGCAUUUGAUGAUUAUCUGAUGUCUGUGUCAAAGUUACCUACUUUUAGACUGUAGGAUCCCAGAGGAUAAGGCCCAAAUCUGUCUACCUCAUUUUAUAUCUGGCCGACAACAGUAUUAUGCUCACUUGGGCAGUUAAUACUAUUUGAUAAGCAGCAGUAAACAGACUUAUUCUUAAGUGUUCUAUGUCCCAUGUAUAUUUUUUUAAAAUACUGAAUGCAGAUUGGCAACCCUACCAACCUGGUAAAGAUAAUUUAUCUUUAAUCAGGCCAUUGGCACUGGCGGACUCUGUUCCCAGUAAAUACUAACACAGUAAAUGUCUUCUGCUUAUUAGUCAAGAAGUAUUUAGCAUCCACAGGGUGCUGUACUAGUUGAACUGAAUACCAAGGAUUUGAAAAAUUCCUACUAAUGCCCCAUCCUACCCACCCUCUCUCUGCUCAGCUGGCUUGCUCUUUGGGGCUGCAGGGGAUAGUUGAAAUACAGAUGAGAUGGGACAGAAGGGAAGUAAGAAAACUAGAUACUGUAAGUACAAGAAUUCUUUCUACUCACAACCAUCUGAGGGUUGAAGGAAACUAAAA